UUAAACAAUGAUUUUGUGUUUCUUAGGUGAGGAAUUCGACCAAGAGGUGUUGAAAGAUUGGUCCUAAAAAGAACUAUUCAAGAGUUCAUUCACCUAUUCUCACUAGAACUCUUGUAAGGAAGAUGGCUGACGAAGCUAAUUUAGAGAAGGUAGCUCUGGAAAAUCGUGUUGAAAAUAUGGAAAAUACUUUGAAGGAAUUGAUGGCUUCCUUCCAAUCUCUUCAAGCAACCUUAGUCACAAGGGCACCUUUGACAACAAAUCCCUUGUUUGAAGGAAAUGUUUCUGUGGCAAAUCUCCCUAUCGCCAUAUCUACUCUUGGAAAGGAGCCAAUGUCAUCGUGCCCACCAAAUCCAACUAUUAGUGGAACUUCUGGGAUAAAACCAUUUGAUUUAAAUGCUGGUGUUGCUACAGCCCAAUCUAAUGAUCAAGAAGAGACUCGAGUUGACAAGUCAAUCACAGAGGAUGAAGACAAGGCAAUUAAAGCAAAGGUGCAGUUGAUGGAGGAAACAAUAAAAUCGAUGCAAGGUGUCCAAACCAAUAAACUGGUUAACAUCUCAUCUUUGUGCUUUUUUCCAAACAUUCAACUGCUCCAUCAGUUUAAAUUGCCUGAGUUUGAUAAGUACAAUGGCACUGGUUGUCCUUAUGCCCACUUGACGAUUCUGACAGGUCCUGUAGAUGCUUGGUUUUUUACUUUAGACAAAAGUAAGGUCAAAAGUUGGCAUGAAUUGUCUUACAAUUUUAUGAAGCAGUAUGAAUACAAUACAUCACUAGCUCCUAGUAAAGAAGAUCUUCAAAGGGCAGAAAAGAAACGAAGUGAGAACUUUAAGGAAUUUGUUCAGAGAUGGCAUGGAUUGGCUGCUCAAGUUCAACCUCCACUGACUAAUCAUGAAUUAAAACAAGUGGAGGAUGGAAUCAAGUCUAGAAUUAUCAUGGAUUAUCAAGCAAUGAAGAGUCUCCUUGAACAAUACCAAAAUGGUAGUUUAGGGGCUUCUAGUUCAAAGAAGGUUGGCCAGAAUCAAAAGAAGGAAGAUGAGAAUGGCUCUAUAAGCUCAGUUUAUGAGGCAUAUGGAAGAAAUAAACAAUCACAUGGGCAGUUUGAUAUGUUUCGAAAAUUAGUAGCAGCUGGAAUUGUUACUCUCGUACCUAUGGUGCCAUUAAAUCCACCAUUUCCAACAUGGUAUAACUCACAAGCAAGAUGUGAAUACCAUAGUGGAGGUGUUGGACAUGACCUUGAAAAUUGUCUUGCUUUAAAGCAUCGUCUCCAAGAUCUGAUAGAGGCAAAGGAGUUACAGAUUACAUCAAAACCCGAACUUGUUGGUCUGAAUAUCACUAAAAACCCCCUACCAACACAUGAUGGUUCAACAAUCAACAUGAUCGAGAAGGAUUUUGAGGAAGGUCAAGAGGUGGCUACAGUUACUCUCACCAAUCAAGUUUCAUCAACUCCUAGAUAGCCUUUAAUAUUGAAGGGACUAGCGCUUACAGUUCCACUCAAACAAGGUUGAUCUUAGAACUGCUACUGAUGAGGGCUUGAAUAAGUGAACAAUGGAGUUUUUCCCUAUUACUAUCAGUUUGGAAUAAAAUGUGUCCAUCAUGUUAGUUUUCAUUUGCAUUUUCCAAACUCCUUUCAUAUUGCAAUUUGAAUCUUUGUUCUUCAUGUUUUAAUUCAUAGUUUUUCAGUUCUUGAUUUUAUACUUCCAUGAGUUCAAUUGUUAAUGAACUUGAAUUCAAUUU